UUCAAAAUGAACUUCCGAACUUCAAAGUGCACAAAAUUCAGAUUUCACAACUUCCGGCAUAUUACACGCGUCUUUUGGCGGGUUCGUAAGUGGUUCGUACCAUAUAAUAGUUCGCAUAUCAGAGAGAUAGAGAUUCAAGUGGGGUUCAAAAUGGGAAGUCCACAGCUCGUUAGUUGGAUGUCCGAAUUUCAAAACGAACUUGAUCAACCGUCAUUCGAAAAAAUUUUUACGAGAUUAAAAGACAAUCAUUUCAUGACAAGAACCCAACUGAAGUUGCUUUUCCCUAAAGACAUUGACAUCAUGUUUACUGCAGAUGAAUUGCCUUUGGGAGCAAAAGCGCUCUUAUUGUAUCAAUUGGAAAAAUUGAGGAAUGAAUCACCACUCCCUUUGUCUCGCAAACGUACACGACAAUACGAAAGCGAAAAUUCGGAUCUAAAUGUCGAUCAGCGCGACAAAGAUCAGUAUGAAGACGAACCGCACCCAUCGACCGCACGCAAAGCGGUUUUACCUGCUUUUGAAAAGCAAGUUAAUAACUUGAAGGCACAAUUGGCAAGAGAGAGAGAUGAUUACAACGAAAUUGAAAUUACAAUACAAUCUAUGAAUGAAAAUGUAAGAGAAAAGCCUAUGGUGGGAAAUUCGCGGAUAAUCUGUAGUAACUGCCAUACUAGAGGUCAUCGAAAUCAACAGAGCAAACCGUGCGUUUUGCCAAAAUGUGUCGACUAUACAAGCUGUGGCGUUAAGGAUAAGCACUCUGAAUAUUUCUCAAGACUUAACGGCUUGAAAGCUGAUUUAAAGAGAAAGGCUAACACGGUGAAAGAGCUUGAAUCGCAAAUACAGUCAAUGGAAGAUUUUACUUCCAACAGUGAGUAUCAUUUCAUAAAAAACCUAACACCGCGACUCUAUAAAUUAGACCAGAGUUACAAACUAAAUAAACCAAAGCUUAUGCGCGACAUUCGUAUGUUACGCAAAUGUCUUGAUGGCAAGAUCCCUCCAGUCUCUGUCAAUGAUCCUGAGCAACUGCGUAUCCUAAUUAGCAAAUGCAAAAAAAGUUUCGACUUGGAUAUUGAUGCACCCAAUAUUACUGACAGUCGUGACCAAGCCAAAAUGACGGCAGACAAACUGCCAAUGUCACCUGUGAAAAACACCUACAGUGCCAAUGAAAAUGACAAAGAAAUGCAACGAGAGAAUUGUCCGUCUGGGAAAAGCAGUGUACUGCCGUCGGAGGAAAAACAAAAGAAAAAUAAAAAGCGUGAUAAAAAGCGACAUAAAAAACACAAAAGAAAAAAGCGGCGUAGAUAUUCAUCUAGUUCAAGCUCUGACAGUGUCAAUGAAGAUUUCGUUAUUAAGAAACGACCCGCGCAUUUUGAUCGCUUUACUAAUUAUUCUGCUAGUUUCCCGCCAUUUGGAUUUAACACUGCUAGCAGCAACAUUCCACAUGUAGGGUAUAACUACAUGCCAGAGUACCUCUCCGCAAGAUACGUCCCAACAUGUGCAAUACCAUACCCUGUUCACGGCCAUUUACCUCCCCACAAAUCUCCUCAAGUAUUCGAAAAUACAAAUACAGUUACAGAUAAUUCAACAGUUUCGCAAGUUUUACAUUAUGACACAGCCAUUCCUUUGCCAAACUCAAACCAGCUCAUGACAACUACUGAUUCAAGCAUAACAACUGUCAUAAAUGUAAAUUCACCAGAAAAAUGGUCAGGAUUGGAUACACUUGUCAAUGUGGCAAAUGAAAUUCAAUAAUCGCUGUAACAAACAUAUGUAACAAACAUGUAAUCAUAGAUAUUGAGGAAGGCAAUGUGAGUAUUACAAGUCAUGAGCUUUGGACUCAUAUUUAUAAUGUUCGAGGAACUUAUAUUUAUACAUUUAUAUGUAUA